CACGCGCUGCUGGCAGACACUUCCGGCUCCGCAGGAGCGGGUGAGAGAUGAAGCAGAGCUCCGGUUCGGUUUAAUUCAGUUUAGUUGGGUUUAAUUGGGUUUAACUGGGUUUGAUUGAGGUGAAUUAUGACGCUGGGCGGUUCGUGCUGAGAGUGAAGGAGCUCCGCGGACACAGAGCGUUUAGAACCACCUCUCCCACCAUAUGAGCCAGAAUAUAACUGCUGCACCAUUUAAGGUGGAACGGACGAAUUCGAACGGGGACUGACUGCGCCAUUUAAGGUGGAACGGACGAAUUCGAACGGGGACUGACUGCGCCAUUUAAGGUGGAACGGACGAAUGCGAACAGGGGACUGACUUAAGUCUCGUGAGCAGUUUCGGUACCCCCCGCUGACCCCGUGCUGUGACCGUGGUUGGUUAUCAGAGAGCCGGCUGUGCUGACGCUGAUCAGGAACAGAAUUAGUGUGUGGUGAUGAUGAUGCUGUGUAGACUCCGUGCGAGUGUGAGGCCGUGGGUGAGUGUGUGUCGGUGGGCUCACACUAAAGAGAAGGGAAAGCCGCUGAUGCUGAACCCCCGCACCAACAAGGGCAUGGCGUUCACACUGAAGGAGAGGCAGAUUUUGGGUCUGCAGGGGCUCCUCCCCUCGAAAAUCGAGACGCAGGACAUCCAGGCCAUGCGCUUCCAGAGGAACCUCCGCAAGAUCUCCGACCCCCUGCAGAAGUAUAUCUACCUGAUGGGGAUUCAGGAGCGUAACGAGCGCCUGUUUUACCGCGUGCUGAUGGAGGAUAUCGAGGCUCUGAUGCCGAUUGUGUACACGCCCACCGUCGGCCUCGCCUGCACACAGUACGGACAAAUCUUCCGCAGACCAAAGGGACUGUUUAUCUCCAUUAUGGACCGAGGACACAUUCGCUCCAUCCUGGACAACUGGCCAGAAACUAAUGUGAAGGCAGUGGUGGUGACGGACGGUGAGCGGAUUCUGGGUCUGGGAGAUCUGGGGGUUUAUGGGAUGGGAAUUCCGGUUGGAAAACUCUGUCUCUAUACGGCCUGUGCUGGCAUCCGGCCAGAAAGUUGUUUACCUGUGUGUAUCGACGUUGGAACAGAUAACCAGACGUUACUCAGAGACCCGUUCUAUAUGGGUCUGUAUCAGCGGCGGGACCGCUCCCAUCGCUAUGACGAACUCAUAGAUGAGUUUAUGGAGGCGGUCGUGGAUAAAUACGGACAAGACACGCUCAUCCAGUUUGAAGAUUUCGGAAAUCACAACGCCUUCCGCUUCCUGAAGAAAUACCGCUACAAGUACUGCACCUUUAACGAUGAUAUACAGGGUACUGCGUCAGUAGCCCUGGCUGGUUUGUUGGCGGCACAGCGUGUGGUGGGGAAACCAAUCACUGAACACACUGUGCUGUUUCUGGGAGCAGGAGAGGCGGCUCUGGGCAUCGCGAACCUGAUCGUCAUGGCAAUGAUGGAGGAGGGCAUGUCUCAGGCUGAAGCUCGGAAGAGGAUCUGGAUGUUCGAUAAAUACGGUCUGCUCGUCCAGGACAGAGAGGAGGCCACGGACACUAAUCAGGAGGCGUUUGUCCACCCCAGUCCAGGUGAAGGUGUGAGAAGUUUCCUGGACGCUGUUAAUGUUCUGAAGCCCACAGCCAUCAUCGGUGUGGCUGGGGCUGGGCGGCUCUUCACUCAUGAUGUCAUUAAAACGAUGGGCUCUCUGAAUGAGCGGCCGAUCAUCUUUGCCCUCAGUAACCCCACUGCUAAAGCUGAGUGCACUGCAGAGGACGCAUAUAGCCUCACACAGGGUCGGUGUUUAUUUGCCAGUGGGAGUCCGUUUGGCCCCGUUACUCUGGAGGACGGCAGCAUCCUGACCCCCGGCCAAGGCAACAACGCCUACAUAUUCCCAGGUGUGGCUCUGGCUGUGAUACUCAGUGGAGUUCGACACAUCAGUGAUACGGUGUUCCUCGAAGCUGCCAAGACUCUGGCGGCUCAGCUGGGUGAAGAGGAGCUCUCUCAGGGCCGACUGUAUCCCCCCCUCUCCAACAUCAGAGAGGUGUCUCUGCAGAUGGCCGUCAAGGUGGUGGAGUACCUGUAUACGAAGGGAAUGGCGUUCCGGUAUCCAGAACCGGUGGAUAAAGAAGCGUACGUCAGGUCCGUCGUCUGGAACACCAACUACGAUUCAUUCCUGCCUGAUAUCUACGACUGGCCUGGAGUCUCACACAGCCCUAUAGUAGACUAGGAGUAGUCCUAAAGCUUACACCCUGUAUCCUAAACCCUACACCCCGUAAACUAAACCCUACACCCCGUACCUUAAACCCUACAUCCCAUACCCUAAACCCUACAUCCCGUACCCUAAACCCUACACCCGUACCCUAUACCGUACACCCCGUACCCUAAACCCUACACUCAGUACCAUAAACCCUACACCCCGUACCCUAAACCCUACACCCUGUACCUUAAACCCUACAUCCCGUACCUUAAACCCUACAUCCCAUACCCUAAACCCUACAUCCCGUACCCUAAACCCUACAUCCCGUACCCUAAACCCUACACCCGUACCCUAAACCCUACACCCGUACCCUAAACCCUACACCCGUACCCUAUACCGUACACCCCGUACCCUAAACUCUACACUCAGUACCUUAAACCCUACAUCCCGUACCUUAAACCCUACACCCCGUACCUUAAACCCUACAUCCCGUACCUUAAACCCUACAUCCCGUACCCUAAACCCUACACCCUGUACCUUAAACCCUACAUCCCGUACCUUAAACCCUACAUCCCAUACCCUAAACCCUACACCCGUACCCUAUACCCUACACCCCGUACCCUAAACCCUACACUUCGUACCCUAAACCCUACAUCCUGUACCCUAAACCCCACACCCAUCCCUAUAAUGGACUAGAAGUAGUCCUAAAGCUUACACCCCGUGUCCUAAACCCUACACCCCGUACCCUAAACCCUACACCCGUAAAGCCAAACCCUAACCCAGAAGUCUGUGACUGGCCUGGGCUCUCAUACACUCCUGUAGUGGACUAGACUUAGUCCUACAUGCUACUCCCUUAAACCCUACACACUCCUAUAAUGUUCUAAACCCUACACCACAUACCUAAACCCUAACCCACAAGUCUGUGACUGGUCUGGGCUCUCAUACAUUCCUGUAGUGGACUAGAAUUAGUUCUACACCCUACCUGUAGACCAUAAGCCAGAAAUCCUGGCCUGGAGUCUCACACACUCCUGUAGUGGACUAGCCCUAAUCCCUACACCCUGAACCCUACAUUGUGUGACCUACACACUAAACCCUGACCCAUAAAUCUGCGUUGGAAACCGAUACCCUGUACCUUAAUCUCUAAUCCCUAAACCCUAACCCAGAAGACUGUGACUGGCCCAGAGUCUCACAGAACCUCCACAGUGGACUAGACUUAGUCCUAAACCCUCAGCCUCAGCUCUGAGUCUAGUCCUGUUCUCAGCUUUAGCUUUCACUCCAGACCUUCUGCAGAUCAAAAGAAUAAGAGAACAAGUUUAUCUUCUGUUUAUUCAGAGAGCUUUUAUUUUGUAGAGUUGAUGUUAUUCCAUUUAUUUUUCAGUGAUGGAGUGAAUUCAGUUAAACUGUGUUUUAUUUUAUAGUUUAAUCAUUUUUGAUAUUGUUAGAUUUAUUUCCCGUUGAUGGAGUGUGUGGAGUAAAACCGUGUGCCUUGCCUUCUCGCUCGUCAACACACACACAUACACACAAACACACACCUCACACACACACACACACACACACACACACACACACACACACACACACACACACA